UAUACUCCCGCCAGUUGUUAGGUUUCUCAAUAGGUCACUUUGCGUUUGUUGGUUAGUGCCGGUUUAUCUUGAGAACGCUGCCUUGGUUGUUUACUCCACUGUAUUUGUUAUCAUGAAUUGUCUCAACGUGCCUGAUAUUAUGCCAAGCUCUCCAAGCAAAUCCCGUGGCCAGAUCCAGGUGAUAUUUGGCCCAAUGUUUUCUGGAAAGAGCACAGAGCUCAUGCGCCGAGUCAGAAGAUUUCAGAUUGCCCAGUACAAAUGCCUGGUAAUAAAAUAUGCUAAGGACACACGUUACAGCAAAGAGUGUCUUGCAACACAUGACCAGAGAACAAUGGCAGCUGUGUCUACAUGUAAUCUCAAAGACAUUAUUCCUGAUGCUAUGGCCUGUUCUGUGAUAGGAAUAGAUGAGGGACAGUUUUUCCCUGACAUUGUUGAAUUCUGUGAAGACAUGGCCAACAAAGGAAAGACUGUAAUAGUAGCUGCUCUGGAUGGGACUUUCCAAAGGCAGGCAUUUGGAGAGGUUUUGAAUCUGGUACCACUUGCAGAGAGUGUUGUGAAGUUAAACUCUGUGUGCAUGGAAUGCUACCGAGAGGCAGCAUACACCAAGAGACUAGGGGCUGAGAAAGAGGUGGAGGUGAUUGGAGGUGCUGAUAAAUAUCAUUCCGUUUGCCGGCUCUGCUACUUCCAGAAGCAACCACAGCCAGGGGGGAAAGAAAACUCUUAUAGUGCUAUGGAUAUCGCACCCUGUCUCACAACUGCACGGUUAACCACAGCUGCCUCUCCGCGAAAACCUCUUGCCCCAUGCCAGCGUUGCUAGAAGGUGGUGAAAUACUUUAAUUACAAAUCAUGGAGUUGGAUAAAUCUCCUUUGGCAUACCUUUCUAUUUAAUGAACUUUUUAUAUUUGAAAUAGUCUUGUACUGCUUUUUUUAUUAUGAUGAAACUAGUCCUAAAGCCCGUUCACACGGGCCGUGUUGUGUUAUAUUUAAUUUAAAUUCUCUGUCUCUCUCUCUCUCUCUCUCUCUCUCUCUCUGUGUCCCCCUCUCUGUCCCCCUCUCUCUCUCUCUCUCUCUCCCCCUCUCUCUGUCUGUGUCUCUCUCUCUCACCUCUGGGCAUGCAGUACUGACUCCCAGCCUCUUAUAAUGCUGCCCCCCUUUUUGCCCCACCCUCUUUACCUACUGUCUGUGUACCACUUUCUACCCCAUCCUCUCUGCCUGUUGCCCCUAGUGCUCCCCUUACUGCCCCAGCCACUCAGUCUGCUGACCUCCAACAGUGCAGCUCUCACUGCGCCAACCUUUCAGCCUACUGCCUUCACACCUUACAUCCUGCUGCCCCGCAGCGUUCCUCUAACUGUCCCCCUUAGUGCUCCCCUUACUGCCCCAGCCACUCAGUCUGCUGACCUCCAACAGUGCAUCUCUCACUGCGCCAACCUUUCAGCCUACUGCCUUAACACCUUACAUCCUGCUGCCCCGCAGCGUUCCUCUAACUGUUUCGCGCUGCUGUCGGGUGGGUGCGCGUGCGGCUAAGUGAGUGCGAGGGUGUGAUAGGCGGCUAGGGUGCGCGUGCGUUUAAGUGAGUGCGAGGGUGCUUCUGCAAGGGGGGUCAUCUGCGCGCGAGGGUGCGCGUGCGAUCAGCGGCAAGAGUUUGUCUGAACUGCGCAUGACGGCUUCAGACAAACUCUUGUCUUUUAUAAUAUAGGAUUGGACAAGAAUAUACUCUUCCGAUAAAUGUCAGCUACAUCCCACCCACCACCAGUUAUUUUGAUAGUUUUGUAUUGUAAUUCUAGUGGUUUAUCCCAACUGCUAUUUCUAAUAGCAGUAACAUAUAGGAUUUUUUGUUUUCUCCUCUCAAUCUAAAAGACCAAUAACUUUGCCCCAGAAGCAUAAAUUAUCUACUGUAUAUCUUUUCAUAUGCGAUGGCUGUUACAAAAUGUAGUGGUUGCGCUUCUAGUAGUGUAGUUAGUGUUUAUACCCAGAUUCUCCAAAUCUUUAAAAAGACUGAGUAAAAGCUAGAAGCAUUAACAAGUUAGUGAAAGUCAGGACCCUUGUCCGUAUCUUAUUCUUCCCUCUAUCAACUUAAAGGGUUAUACAACUCAUUUAAAUAUAUGCACAGUAUAUAUCACUAACUAAACACACAAAGGUCUGCAUAUAAAAAUAUUUUUAUAGUUUUUAAACGCAUUGCAUUGUUUUGGAACUGUGUUUUGUUUUUAAUACUGACUGAUAGAAGUCAAGUACGUAAAUACUCUGGAUGGGUUACUGCUUAACAUUUAAAGUGGGUAAAUUCUCUUAAUGUGAUUUUAUAUAUGUAUGUACCAUUAAAACAAAAAAAACA